AUGGCUUCCACACAGAGAUCAGAGAAGCCAACGAGCGAGAAGCAACGGCUAAAGCUCGAAAAGUUUGCCAAGAAGAAGGAGAAGCAGGCACAACAGGCGCAACAGCAAGGACAAUCUGGUCUCUCGAAGAAGCAUAAGGCCAAGAAGCCAGGUGUUUCUGCUGUCGAGUCGAAAGACUGGAUAGAGGAGACGCCUUCCGGUCAGAAGAAGAUACUGAAACCGCUGGAUGGUGUCUUCCACAAGGCGUACAUACCGAGAGUCGUCGAAUCUGCCUGGUACAGCUUCUGGGAGGACCAAGGUCUGUUCAAACCACAAACAGAGGCGGAUGGCAAUCUCAAGCCAAAAGGCAAAUAUGUGAUUGCUAUACCGCCGCCCAAUGUGACUGGCAAACUCCAUAUUGGACACGCCCUGGCACUCUCGUUGGAAGACACCCUUAUCAGGUGGCAUCUUAUGCCAGGACUGGAAGGAGGAUUACCGAACGGAGAUAAACAAGACGAUGCGCAGACUUGGCAUCUCGGUGGACUGGUCGCGGGAAGCCUUCACAAUGAACGCGCAGUUGUCAAAAGCGGUUACGGAGACCUUUGUGCAACUGCACCAGAAGGCCUCAUAUAUCGAGCCAACAGGCUUGUCCAUUGGUCAUGCCGCCUCUCCACAGCUUUGUCCACGCUCGAGGUGGACCAGAAAGAGCUUGAAGGAACGACGAAACUUGCCGUACCUGGCUACGACAAGAAGAUUGAAUUUGGGACCCUCACCUAUUUCAAAUAUCCAGUCGAAGGCACUGAGCAGACAAUUGAAGUUGCAACAACUAGACCAGAGACAAUGCUUGGUGAUACUGGCAUUGCUGUCCAUCCUCGGGACAAGAGAUAUAAGGACUUCGUUGGCAAGACUGCCCGACGCCCGAUAAUACCUGGUAGGAAGCUGCGGAUCGUCGCCGAUGAAUAUGUUGAGAGGGAUUUUGGUACUGGCGCAGUCAAAUUGACCCCUGCUCAUGAUCACAAUGAUUUUAACCUCGGCAAGAAACACAAUCUGCCAUUUAUCAACAUCCUGAACGAGGACGGUACUCUCAACAGCAAUGCUGGCCAUUACGCCGGAGAGAAGAGGUUCAAUGCAAGAUAUGGCGUCGUCGAGGAGCUCAAGAAACUUGGUCUUUAUACAAAGCAAGAGCCGAACAAAAUGAUUGUUCCGAUAUGCAGUCGUUCAGGAGAUGUUAUUGAGCCGUUGCUGAAGCCCCAAUGGUGGAUGCGAAUGGAGCUGCUAGCGAAACCAGCCAUAGAUGUGGUUGAAAGUGGUGAACUCGUUACUAGACCAGACGUCCAGAAGCGACAGUAUUUGCAAUGGAUGCGAAACCUCCAAGACUGGUGCCUGUCGCAACAACUGUGGUGGGGCCAUCAGAUACCGGCAUAUUUCAUCACCAUCGAGGGUGAAGAUCGUGGGAAUGAUGCCAACGAUGACUACUGGGUAUGUGGCAGGACCGAACUCGAGGCUCAGGAGAAUGCAGAAGAGAAAUUCCCUGGCAAGAAAGUGACUCUCAAGCGGGACGAAGACGUCUUAGAUACUUGGUUCAGCUCUGCGCUUUGGCCGUUUAGUACCCUCGGAUGGCCAGACAAGACGUCGGAUCUUGAAAAGUACUUUCCGAACACGACCAUGGAAACAGGAUGGGACAUUCUGCCAUUCUGGGUCAGCCGUAUGAUCAUGUUUUCUCUCAAACUGACCGGCAAAGUACCGUUCACAGAAGUCUUCUGCCAUGGCUUGAUACGGGAUAGUGACGGUCGAAAAAUGUCAAAAUCACUCGGCAAUGUCAUUGACCCGAUUGAUAUACUUGACGGCAUCAGCCUGGAUGACCUCCAACAGAAGCUACUUGAAGGAAACCUAGCCCAGAACGAGGUCAAGAAUGCCGAAAGAUACCAGAGGAAGGCCUUCCCACAAGGCAUUCCUGAGGUCGGCGCCGAUGCCUUGCGGUUCUCGCUCGUCCACUACACUCAGGCAUCUGGCGGCGACAUCAAUUUUGACGUGAAGACAAUGCAAGGCUAUCGCAGAUUCUGUAAUAAGAUCUACCAGGCCACGAAAUAUGUCCUAGGGAAGCUCGGCGAUGAUUUUGCUCCCCGUGAGAGCAGUGCUUUGACAGGCAAAGAAAGUCUGCCAGAGAAGUGGAUCCUGACAAGAAUGAACACAGCCGCAAAGCAAAUCAACCAGGCGCUGGAAGAUUGUGGAUUCGCAAAGGCGACCGAGAUCAUUUACCGGUACUUGUACGAUGAACUGUUCGACAUCUACAUAGAGAAUUCGAAAGUGAUCAUCUCAGACGGCACGCCUGGCGAAGCUCGUUCAGCCAUGGACACACUAUACACCACGCUCGAGGCCGGCUUGCGACUCAUGUCUCCAUUCAUGCCCUUCUUGACUGAAGAGCUUUGGCAGAGGCUCCCGCGCAGACCAGGCAACAACACAUCCUCAAUCACAAUCGCCGAGUACCCGGAGUAUGAGCCGUCUUUUGAUGAUCCAAGAUCCGAGGCAGCCUAUGAGCUGGUACUGGGCUGCUCGAAAGGUAUUCGCUCACUGAUAGCGGACUAUGCUGUGAAGGAUCAAUGCGUGGCUCAUAUCGUACCUCUGAAUCAAAUGUCGCACGAUACUGUGUCCGCUCAGCUUUCCGCAAUCAAGUCUCUCAGUGGCAAGACACCAGUGAAUAUUAGCAUUCUGAACGUUGGAGAAGCCAGUCCUACUGGUUGUGCAGUCUUCCCUGUUUCCGCAGAUGCGAAUGUCUAUCUUGAAGUCAGCGAUCGCAUACAAGAUGCUGGGAAGGAGGCUGAAAGAGUCAAGACGAAGUUGGAUGAAGCAAGAAAGGACCAGGAUGACACUGACUCACUCCAGGCAGAGCUGAGCAAAGUACAGGACAAGGAUGUCACUGAAGCCAUGCGCUCAGCCCAGUCCAGGAAGCGGGAUAUCGAGGCCAGGUUGCGAGCCCUAGAAGAGGCCCUCAAAAUGUUCGAGAUGAUGACUGUCUAG